CGUACAACGCGUUGCUGGUUUUCUCAUUCCACCAACCAAACACCAGUUUCCCGGACUUCGUUUUCCUCUCCAAAUUCCAGUUUCUCAUCUGCCGAAUUCAUUUCUCCGUAAUCCAAAUCCUACCUUUCCUUCUCCCUCUAUCCCUUUUCUCAUCCUUUAUGGGGAUCGACUUGGCCUCUUUUCCCAGGAUCCGAUUCCGAUUCCGAUUCCGAUUCGAAUUCCAAUUCCCACAUGGUUUUCCACUCCUCAAUAUCUGAAAAGUGGAAAAGUGUCGAUUUCGCGGAAAAGGUCUCGAUUUGUUGCCGUUUUCUGCUUUGCGGUUCGGAACAGUGGAUCGUGUUUUGCAGUGGAGUUUCCUAGAAUAGCAGAUUCAUGUUCUGCUAUCAAUUUAUUUCAAUUCGAUUGGCAUUUUUGUAAUGCAAUCAGUAGAAAACGAGAAAAAAAAGAAUCUGAAACGAUCAAGAUCAUUCCCUUACGAAAUGCCAGUAACUGACACCUGUGUUGCACAGUCUCUCGAGGAUUGCAUCCUUUUCCCGGUUGAAGAGAUAGUUCAAUACCCAUUGCCUGGAUAUGUUGCUCCUACUUCCAUUGGCUUUAGUCCCGAUGACAGUUUGAUAACUUAUCUAUUCAGUCCUGAUCACACUUUGAAUAGGAAAGUUUUUGCUUUUGAUCUCGAAACAUGUAAGCAAGAAUUGUUUUUUAGUCCUCCAGAUGGUGGGCUCGAUGAGAGUAAUGUAUCACCAGAAGAGAAGUUGAGGAGGGAGAGAUCGAGGGAGCGUGGGUUGGGAGUGACAAGAUACGAAUGGGUGAAGACGAGCUCGAAGAAGAGAAUGAUCAUGGUGCCUUUGCCUGUCGGGAUCUAUUUCCAGGAAUUCUCUUGUUCAAAACCAGAGCUUAAGCUUGCAAGUACAUCAUUAUCACCAAUUAUAGAUCCACAUCUCUCUCCAGAUGGCACUAUGCUUGCUUAUGUAAGAGAUCAUGAGUUGCAUGUUAUUAAUCUCUUGGAUGAUGAACCGAGACAAUUAACAUUUGGUGCCAAUUGCAAUACUUUGACACAUGGGCUUGCUGAAUAUAUAGCCCAGGAGGAGAUGGAUAGGAAGAAUGGGUACUGGUGGUCACUGGACAGUAGAUUCAUCGCAUUCACACAAGUUGAUUCAUCUGAGAUACCGCUUUUCAGAAUCAUGCACCAGGGUAAAAGCUCAGUUGGUGCUGAUGCCCAGGAAGACCAUGCAUAUCCCUUUGCAGGGGCUUCAAAUGUCAAAGUCCGCCUUGGGGUAGUAUCUGCUGCAGGAGGCCCUGCUACUUGGAUGGAUCUUCUCUGUGGAGAAACGCAUGAUGGAAACAAUGAAGAGGAGUAUUUGGCCAGAGUAAAUUGGAUGCAUGGAAACAUACUCACUGCACAGGUUUUGAACAGGUCUCAUUCCAAACUAAAGAUCCUCAAGUUCGAUAUCAAUACAGGUCAAAGGAAAGUUAUAUUGGUAGAAGAACAAGAUACAUGGGUCACUUUGCACGAUUGUUUUACCCCUCUUGACGUAGGAGUCAACAGAUUUUCUGGGGGAUUUAUCUGGGCCAGUGAAAAGACAGGAUUUAGGCAUCUAUAUCUGCAUGAUGCAAAUGGGACUUGUCUAGGACCCAUAACCGAAGGUGAUUGGAUGGUUGAGCAAAUUGCCGGUGUAAAUGAGGCUGCAGGACUAGUAUAUUUUACCGGAACCCUAGAUGGGCCUUUGGAAUCCAACCUUUACAGUGCUAAACUAUUCCUGGAUGGCAAUGAACCCUUGCAGGCCCCUCUGAGGUUGACUCACGGCAAGGGGAAACACAUGGUUGUGCUUGAUCACCAGAUGCAGAGCUUUGUCGACAUUCAUGACUCCCUGGAUUUUCCCCCUAGGGUUUUACUUUGCUCCUUGAGUGAUGGAAGCUUGGUUAUGCCCCUGUACGAGCAACCAUUCACCGUUCCCAGAUUCAAACGGCUUCAACUUGAGCCUCCAGAGAUAGUCCAAAUUCAGGCAAAUGAUGGAACUACACUGUUUGGAGCUCUGUAUAAACCUGAUGAAACAAGAUUUGGACCUCCACCAUACAAAACCUUGAUCAGUGUCUAUGGCGGCCCAAGCGUGCAGCUUGUUUGUGAUUCUUGGAUGAAUACAGUUGACAUGAGAGCCCAGUAUUUACGUAGCAGAGGCAUCCUAGUGUGGAAGUUAGAUAACAGAGGAACCGCCCGCCGUGGACUAAAGUUCGAAAGUUGCCUGAAAUACAAUGCUGGCCGGAUUGAUGCUGAGGACCAGCUCACUGGAGCUGAAUGGCUUAUCAAAAAAGGCCUGGCAAAAGUUGGUCAUAUCGGGCUGUACGGAUGGAGCUAUGGUGGGUAUCUCUCAGCCAUGACUUUGGCCAGGUUCCCUGACAUCUUCUGCUGUGCUGUUUCUGGUGCCCCCGUCACAUCGUGGGAUGGCUACGACACAUUCUACACCGAGAAGUACAUGGGCUUGCCUUCAGAGAACCCUGCCGGCUACGAGUACAGCUCAGUCAUGCAUCAUGUACACAAGAUCAAAGGUAGCUUGUUGAUUGUACAUGGCAUGAUAGACGAGAAUGUGCAUUUCAGGCACACUGCAAGGUUGGUGAAUGCCCUUGUCUCGGCCGGAAAGCCCUACGAACUCUUGAUUUUCCCGGACGAACGCCACAUGCCUCGCAGGUUUCGGGACCGCAUCUACAUGGAAGAGAGGAUCUGGGACUUCAUCGAGGGGAAUUUGUAAUAAAACUUAUCGCAGUUUGUUCAUAACACUCAUUUAGAGGGUUCAUCUUUUUUCCAGGUGAGAAUCGAACUUUUCAGUUAAAUCUUAUAAGCAAGAAAUGGGAGGAUCUCCCUUGUUACCUGAUUGGCAUUUGCUCAAAAUAUCAAACACUGAUGGAAAGUUCUGUUGGAAUAAUUUCUUAGAUGUAUUAUUGCAGCCCCUGGAGCUGGUGAUAAAUGUAUCAAAAACCAAUGUAAAAUGCUAAACGAGUUCAUUGGAUGGAAUAAUUUCUUGAUAUUUCUUGUAUGGUAUCAUCGAUGCUAGCGCACA